AUGGAAGAUAAUUCAACUGCAUUGAAUGAAAAUAAGGAAAUAGAAGAACUGGCGCUGCAAAAAAACUUUUUAAAAUUACACUAUGGACGUUGCACUGUAAUUGGCAAAUUGAAUCAACACGAAAAUGGUUAUCCCAUACUGGAAAACAUCAACCUAUCAACAAUACUACCCAGGGCUUGCAAUCUCCCUGAAGGCACAGUAAGUUUACGUUUGUUUAAAUUCGUCACCACUGAUGUUGAAUUGAAAAUUGGGCAAUAUUGUGAAGUUUGUGGUGAAGUGGUGCUUUGGAAUCCCAAUAGCCCGCGAGAAAACUGGUUGCCCAUGACGCCGCGUGGAGCAGUCGAGUUAGAAUUGAAAAAUUGUAAUGUAACGAGUCAACAGCAAAAGCUGGAAAACCUACACAACACAUACCAGCCAGCAAUUAAUAUUUUUAAAGUAGAUUACAUAGAAUGCGCACAGGAACUGAUCCAAAGGCAUUUGAAAAUUCGACUGCUUACAGCGAAUUGUGAUAAGAAAACAUGA